CCAGCCAAUCCAGUCGGCGAAGUUGCACGUGCCAGUUAUGCAUCAAGUCAUGACUGUUUUGGAGUGAUGAUCAUCGUGGUUGUAACCGUGGAAGGACAGUGCUGACUGUUGUUCUUAUCUUUUUUGUGGACCGCGUCUAAAUUAAGAUUUGAAAUGUCCCGAAGGCCUGAGUAUUCAGCUCCUCCAGAGCUAUUUUAUAACGAACAAGAAGCGGAGAAGUAUACAAGCAACUCGCGCAUCAUGGAGAUUCAGACUGCCAUGUCGGAGCGUGCCGUAGAGCUUUUGGCUCUGCCAGAUGACGAGACAUGCCUUAUACUCGACCUUGGGUGUGGCAGCGGACUGAGUGGCGACGUUCUGGAAGAACAGGGCCACGUUUGGGUCGGCGUCGAUAUCAGUCGUGCCAUGCUGAAUGUGGCACAAGAACGGGAAGCAGCAGGCGACAUGCUUUUGGGCGACCUAGGCCAAGGUGUCUGCUUCCGCGCAGGUGCUUUCGAUGGUGCAAUUAGCAUCUCAGCUUUGCAGUGGUUGUGCAACGCUGACAAGAAAAGCCAUAACCCCGUGAAACGCCUGCACGCAUUCUUCUCCAGCCUAUAUGCUUGUCUGGGACGCGGCCGACGCGCUGUAUUCCAGUUCUACCCGGAGAAUGCCGAUCAAGUGGAGCUUCUGACUCAGCAGGCCAUGCGCGCAGGCUUCACCGGAGGACUCGUGGUGGACUACCCAAACAGUUCGAAAGCCAAGAAAAUGUUCCUCGUGCUUUUCACCGGCGGACCGCAAAAGCUGCCCGCUGCUCUUGGCGCGUCGUCGGAACAGCGCGACCAAGUUGAAUGCACUGAGCGAAAACAGCGGCUUAAUAAACUGCGUGGCAAGGGCCCAAAGAGCGCAGCUGCCUGGAUUCAAGAAAAAAAGGAACGUCGUCGAAGGCAGGGCAAGGAGACAAGGCCAGACUCAAAAUAUACGGGUCGGAGGCGUUGCGGUAAAUUUUGAGAUUGGGUUGCUGUACUGGUUUACGUUUGUACGUGGCGACACUUCCUGUCAAGUUGAGUGCUUAAACACGUGCUGUUCUUAAAGUUUGAACUUGAACCCUUUGCAUGAACGUAUCUGCAAAUAAAUAAUAAAGAAAAACAGUAGUACCUGGUACAGGA